AAAUGGGAAAGUUUGAGCUGGAAACGGCGCUUCCGAGUGCGGAGUUGCUGGAAAUCGCCAAGCAGGAGCUUCGGGAAACUCCGGAAGUUCGGGCUGCUGCUGUGGAGGAACUACGCAAGCUGUUGGAGGCGGCCACCGAUCUCAACUACCCGACCGAUGAAGAGUUCCUGAUCAUCUUCCUUCGUCCAACGAAAUUCUACGCCGAAAGUGCACUAAAGUUGAUGCGCAACAUUGCCGAGUUCAACAAGAACUACAAGGAAACGCUGUACAACUUGAUGCCUAGUGAUGUGCAGAAUGUGUUUAUCGAGCACAACAUCAUCAACAUUCUGACCAACCGGGACCAGAGUGGGCGUCGUGUGAUGAUCGUUAAUAUGGGCGAACCCUGGGAUCCGAAAGCUGUGUCCGAGGAGCACAUAUUCCGUGUACUGUACACGAUUCACAAGCUAGCGAUGCUUGAACCGGCCACCCAGAUCAAUGGCGUCGUGGUGAUCUACGACUUCAAAGGGAUGGGCAUGAAGCAUGUCAAAUCGAUGUCCCCGGGUGGUGCCAAGCGUCUGCUAACCUUCAUCCAGGAGGCAAGUCCGCUGCGUGUAAAGGGCAUCCAUUUUAUCAAUCAGCCCAUGAUUUUCAGUAUGGUGUGGGCCCUGUUCAAACCGUUCGUGAAGGAGAAGCUAAACAAGCGUAUGUUCUUCCACGGUGACAAAAUGGCAAAACUUCACGAGCAUGUGCACAAGGAGUUCCUGCCAUCCAACUACGGAGGAACUCUUCCGGCGCUAGACUACGGUGGCAAGGAUUGGUACCCGGUAGCGGAACAGCAUCUCGACUUCAUCAAGAAAUGGAACUCGUGUGGAUUUAAGUAA